AUGGCCACGUUUGCCGCUCACGUGCUGAAGGGCCUGCCAUCGAAGCACGGAUUUCUUCGUCGUAAGCUCGACAUUUCCAGCCCUGAGAUGAUGAUGAAACACGUGUGCAGCGAGGUGUUGAUAAAGGAGCAGACUCUCUCCAUCGAACAGAGUUACAGGCAGAUCACCAGCGAUACAUCUGCUUUCUCGGGCGCUGUCAACACCGUCGUGGCUACAACGGGGGUCAAUGGGAAGGAAGGGAAAGGAGGAAGGGAGAAGAUGGACAAGAAAAAGGAUGGCAAGCAGGAGAAGAAGCGAGCCCCCUUCAAGGGGCACUGCUACAACUGCAAUGGGGAGGGGUACAUGGCUGCCAACUGCCCCAACAAGAAGGAGGAUACAACGCCCGCGGCAGCCGCGAACGUAGCUGAAGGAGAUGGGAAGGGCGUGGCGCUCACCGUCGCGUGUUCGGCUGCAAAGUUGCUGGCCAACGACAAGGACUUGUGGUUCCUUGACUCGGGAUGCUCCCAACACAUGACCGGCCGCAAGGAGUGGUUCACGGUGAUUUGUGUCCCAUCUGCAAAGAAAUCCGACAAAGGGUUUGAUGGUUCUAUGCAGGAAGUCGCCGGUGUUGGUGAGAUUUUGCUGGAGGGCACUAACGGCCUGCGUGUGACCCUGCAUGAUGUCCUCUUUGUGCAAGGAAUGAAAGCCAACUUGGUCUCCCCUGGGCAGCUCACGGACAAAGGAGAAAAUCUGCGAACCGAACAAGGUGUCACCCGCAUCAUCGCAUCGGGAGGACAAGUGGUUGCAACGGCACGCCACUGCCAUCGUCUUCUCUGCCUUGACCUGAAACCGUGGCCAGCAAGCAAUGGCACAACGGCUGCAGCGGCAUGCAACGGGACGGUGGCUGCAUCGGUUUGCAACGGCACGACGGCUGGAGAACUGCAGAAUCCGCCGCCACCACGUACCGUCAUUGUGGUCCCAGUGUCGUCCGUGCAAGGGGGCGAGCAACCCCUUGAUCUCUCGGUGGGCCCUUUGAGCAGCAAGGCACCUACUGCACAUCCUCCUCCUAGUCCACCCUCCGUUGCUGAUUCGGCGCUCGUGGGACCAGAGGAUGGUCCUGUGGAGGUUGGCACCAGCAUGGUUGAUCACGAGGAAGAAGAAGAAGUAGCAGUGGAUGAGCAGUCACCAAUGGCCCAUAAGCAUGAGCCUUUACCUGCAGUUCCCCCCAUCCAGCCCAUUCCACCACCCCCGUGUUGCUCCAGCAGGCCUAACAAGGGGGUGCCACCCGUACGGUUUCAGCCAUCAGCCAUGAUGGCCCAGGAUGCGGACUAUGAGGACAACCCGUACGACGUGGCAUACUUUGCUGAGGACAAUUGCGACACGGACAGCGAUGACGAAGUGGAGUACUCGGACGAGGAUGAGGAGGAGGAAGGCGCUUGGGGAGGUGUCACCCUCGACCUGGCAGGUGCGUUGACCGGACCUGAAGGCAAGGAAUGGUGGGCUGCUAUGAAGGAGGAGAUGGAGAUCCUUGAGGAGCAAGGCACUUAG